GAAUUUUUUUCAUUCAUAUUCUUCAGAGAAGCCGGUAUUCGUAGUUUAUGCGGCCGUGCUUCUUUUUAUCUUUAAUAAAAAAUACUUUUUAAUUGUAUUUUUGAGAAAGUAUCUUUACAUUACCUGUUAAACCAAUUUUCCGAAAAAUCUACGUUAAGUGAAACUAUUUUAAGAAUCAUCUUCUUUCAUAUAAACUGAAGGACUGCUGAAGCUACCACGUGUCGCUUGCUACAAAUUUUAUUACUGAAGAAUCCUGCCAUAGACGUAAUUUGUUUUAACAAAUUUAAAAAAAAUUGAACUCAAGAUUGUCAGUUGCCUGUGUGCAUAUAUACAAUACUUGUUACCACGUGUCAGCUGUAAUAAUGUCCGUCACAGCUGAAGGAGACUUGCGGGAUGGCCUUUCUGCAGCGGAAAUAUUCGCUAAUAGUGAAGGCCUCACCUACAAUGACUUUUUAUUAUUGCCGGGAUACAUUGAUUUCACUGCUGAAGAAGUGGAUCUAACAUCACCGCUAACCAAAAAAAUCCUUCUUAAGGCACCCCUAGUGUCUACUCCUAUGGACACAGUAACAGAGGCCGACAUGGCAAUAGCGAUGGCGCUUUGCGGUGGUAUCGGAAUCAUUCACCACAACUGUACUCCUGAGUAUCAAGCCAACGAAGUUCAUAAAGUAAAAAAAUAUAAGCAUGGAUUUAUCAGAGACCCAGUGUGCAUGGGUCCAGAAAACACUGUUGCUGAUGUUAUAGAAGCAAAAAAGACCAAUGGAUUUACAGGAUACCCCAUUACAGAAAAUGGUAAAUUGGGCGGCAGACUCAUAGGAAUCGUCACCUCUAGAGAUAUAGACUUCAGGGAAGGAGAUCCGCAUCUCAGCCUCAAAGAGGUUAUGACUCCAAUAGACGAAAUGAUUACAGCCCAGUCAGGUGUCACUCUGCAAGACGCCAAUUAUAUUUUAGAGAAGAGUAAGAAAGGAAAACUUCCAAUUAUAAAUGGAUCUGGUGAACUCGUAGCACUUAUUGCUAGGACUGAUCUGAAAAAAGCCCGCAGUUACCCAAAUGCAUCAAAGGAUUCUAAUAAACAAUUACUUGUUGGUGCAGCUAUUGGCACCCGUGAGGCUGACAGGGAACGUCUAAAGUUACUCGUUGCAAAUGGUGUAGAUGUCAUCGUCCUUGACUCCUCUCAAGGUAACUCAAUCUACCAAAUAGAAAUGAUUAAAUUUAUAAAAAAAACAUAUCCCAAUAUCCAAGUUAUUGGAGGCAAUGUUGUAACCAGGAUGCAGGCAAAGAAUCUUAUUGAUGCUGGUGUGGAUGCUUUGAGAGUUGGCAUGGGUAGUGGUUCCAUUUGUAUCACACAAGAAGUAAUGGCUUGUGGGUGCCCACAAGCUACUGCUGUCUACCAAGUUUCCUCAUAUGCUCGACAAUUUAAUGUACCUGUAAUUGCUGAUGGUGGCAUUCAAUCUGUAGGACAUAUUGUGAAAUCAUUGGCAUUAGGAGCAUCCUCAGUUAUGAUGGGAUCACUUUUAGCUGGCACAUCAGAAGCACCAGGUGAAUAUUUCUUUUCUGAUGGAGUGAGACUGAAGAAAUACAGAGGUAUGGGUAGUUUGGAAGCCAUGGAAAAUAAAGAAGGCAAGGGUUCAGCCAUGAGUAGAUAUUUCCAUAAGGAAACUGAUAAACACAGAGUUGCUCAAGGUGUUAGUGGAAGUAUUGUAGACAAAGGAUCUGUCUUAAGAUUUCUUCCAUAUUUGCAAACUGGGAUGCAACACAGUUGUCAGGAUAUUGGAGCUAGGUCAGUUGCUAUUUUACGUGAUAUGAGCUAUUCAGGUGAUCUGAGAUUCAUGAAGAGGACAUAUUCUGCACAAUUAGAAGGAAAUGUACACGGUCUAUUCUCCUAUGAAAAACGCUUAUUUUAAUGUUUAUAUUAUGUGAUAUUGUAUACUUUUAGCUCAGUUCAAUAUAAAUGUAAUGAAAAUAUAAUUUGUUUUGUAGAAAAUAUUAUUUUUUGUAUUUAUAUAUGAAGAUGUAUUUGCCAUAAGAGAAAGUAAAUAUUGUUAACAAUGUACUUAAUAUAUUCCAUUUACAUAAGUAUCAUUUUAUAAUUAUGCAGUCAGUCAAAACCAAUGUUAUAUAUUGACAAAAAACCGGACAUAGAAAUGUACUUGAUAAUAAAGUGUGUAAACAUACUAA